CGCUGCACCUCCCCCGGCGACCGCGCCCCCGGCCGCCGUCUCCCGGCCCGGGACAGAGCGACCAACGCUCGGCACAGAGAGCAUUCCGAAACGCAGGCUGCUUUCAGGAAUAUCUCUGUGGAUAGUUGGGGCUUAUUCCACUAGAAGCAAGAUGGCUGAACUCAAUACUCAUGUGAAUGUCAAGGAAAAGAUCUAUGCAGUUCGCUCAGUUGUUCCCAACAAAAGCAAUAAUGAAAUCGUGCUGGUGCUACAACAGUUUGACUUUAAUGUAGAUAAAGCAGUGCAAGCCUUUGUGGAUGGCAGUGCAGUUCAAGUUCUAAAAGAAUGGAAUAUGACAGGAAAAAAGAAGAACAAUAAAAGAAAAAGAAGCAAGUCUAAGCAGCAUCAAGGCAACAAAGAUGCUAAAGACAAGGCAGAGAGGCCGGAAGCAGGGCCCCUGCAGCCACCACCGCCCCAGAUACAAAAUGGCCAUAUAAAUGGCUGUGAGAAGGACAACUCAUCCACCGAUUCUGCCAGUGAAAAACCAGUCCUUAUCCCUCGUGACAAAAAGAUCUCGAUACUCGAGGAACCUUCAAAGUCCCUUCGUGGGGUCACAGGCCCAAACAUUGAGAAAUCGGUGAAGGAUUUGCAACGCUGCACUGUGUCUCUAACUAGAUAUCGUGUCAUGAUCAAGGAAGAAGUGGAUAGUUCAGUGAAGAAGAUCAAAGCUGCCUUUGCUGAAUUACACAACUGCAUCAUUGACAAAGAAGUUUCAUUAAUGGCAGAAAUGGAUAAAGUUAAAGAAGAAGCCAUGGAAAUCCUGACUGCUCGUCAGAAGAAAGCAGAGGAACUAAAGAGACUGACAGAUCUAGCCAGUCAGAUGGCAGAGAUGCAGCUGGCUGAACUCAGGGCAGAAAUUAAGCACUUUGUCAGCGAGCGUAAAUAUGAUGAAGAGCUCGGGAAGGCUGCCCGAUUCUCCUGUGACAUUGAACAGCUAAAGGCCCAAAUCAUGCUCUGCGGAGAAAUUACACACCCAAAGAACAACUAUUCCUCAAGAACUCCCUGCAGCUCCCUGCUGCCGCUGCUGAACGCCCAUGCAGCAACCUCUGGAAAACAGAGCAACUUUACCCGAAAAUCAUCCAAUCACAACAAGGCCUCAGAGGGUAAAGCAGCAAACCCAAAAAUGGCGAGCAAUCUUCCCAGUGCUGCCGACAGCUCUCACCAGGCCGUGCCAACUAAUAAGCAGAAUGGAUCUUCUAGCCAAAGACGAAGAUUUAAUCCACAGUACCAUAACAACCGGCUAAAUGGGUCUGCCAAGCCCCAGGGCAGUGGUAAUGAAGCUGAUUUGAUGAUGAAGGGCAACAACCGCCAUGAACACAGAAGACAGCCGCACAAUGGCUUCCGUCCCAAAAACAAAGGUGGCGCCAAAAACCAAGAAGCCCCCUUGGGAACAAAGAUCCCUGAGGCCCCGGCCCAUUCAGAAAAGCCCCGGCGAAGGCAGCACGCUGUAGACAACUCGGAGGCCAGGCCUUUCCGGGGUAAUGUCACUAGGGUUUCACAGUGCAAUCUCUGCCCUACAAGAAUAGAAGUUUCCACAGAUGCCGCGGUCCUCUCAGUCCCAGCUGUAACAUUGGUGGCCUGAGCUAGGAGAGAAAAAAGCAGUUUUCACUCAGUUUUGGUUCCCUGCCCGAGGUGCUGACCCAAUUCGCUGCCAAAAGAGAGUCAAUCAGAAUAUACAAACCCUAUAUGGUUGUGUCAUCCUCUCUUAAUCAUUUUUACUAAUUCUAAUAAUCAGCUCUAGCUUGCUUUCAUAACAUUUCAUGGCUUUGCUUGAUCUGUUGAUGCUUUUUCUCACCAAGACAUUGCAGCAUUUUAGCCAGGCAGUAUUUACUCAUUUGUUAGGAAAAUCAAGAUGUGGCUAAAGAUCAGAGGCUCAGUAGCAACCUGUGUUGUAGCAGUGAUGUCAGUCCAUUGAUUGUCUUUAGAGAGUUAAUGUUGGAAAAAAAAAAUCCUUACUGAUCAGACAAACAUGAUCUGCUGAAGACACAUGCGCUUUUGUAGAAUUUAACAUCUGGUGUUUUUCUGAAAAAAAAAUAUAUAUACAUAUAUUGCUUUAUUUGAAACAAAUUAAAAUAUGCUGCAUUUGAUA